ACGCACAUUUUAAAGUUUCAAGUUUCAUUCUUUUAUUCUUGUUUUUCCAGUUGAAGAAGUAUAUAACAUUGAAAAUAAAAUGCAAGCUUAACAAUGAGAGCAAAACUCUUUAAGUGAAGAGCCAUGGCAGAUAUAAUGAAGCCUUUGUCAGAACCUACAAACAGCGUGGAUACUGUCACAAAUGUUGGAGACCAGGUUCAGUCUGUUGAUGCUACAGAACAAAGGCAGGUUGAAUUCACUGGUAAUGAUGAGGACACUAAAUCAAAUACAGAAGAUGUCAGUAAUGAUGGUGUAGAAAUUGAUGAACCGAGUGAAUCUGGCAAAGAUGAAACUGAUGGAGAUGCAGGUGUAGGGAAAAAGGACAAUGAAAUUGAUUUAAAUUCAGAAAAUGAGGAGAGUAAAAAUAAUGAAGAUGAUACAUCUUUUGAAGAUAAAGACAAAGAUUCAAAUGUGAAUGAAUCUGUUAAUGAAAAGGAUAGCAUGGUGUGUGAAGAGGUAGCUGGGACUGAAACACAAACAGAAGAAGAAGAGGAGGAGGAAGGGAUAGAAAUAAAUGAGAAUGACAUUGUCAAGGCAACUGAUGUCUUUGGAAAGGGAAAACGUCAACAUGUGAAAAAAGUGGAUGGAGAAUAUACUGACAAUUUUGAAACUAGAGACUCAACUCCACAGCGACAAACAAACAGAAAAGUUAGCGUGAUGACAGAAGAACAAAGAGAACUUUUACUGAAACCAUUUAAAGAAGGCUGGAGAAGAGAAGUUGUGUUCAGGAGUACAUACACCCCUGUUACCAAGCACGGAGCCAUGAAGUCUGUUCCAGCUGAUGUUUAUUACCAUCCACCAGAGGGAAGGAAAUUGAGAUCAAUGGUUGACAUAACUAAAUAUUUGGUUAUGACCAAUUCAGAUUUGACCAUAGACAAUUUUUCAUUCCUACGCAAACCAAUCUUGGAGCCUCCUUUUGAGGUUGUUCGAUCCUCAGGGUCAGUAGGUCGAGGUGGUUUUGGGUCACCGAAAACACCAAGACUGAACAAAGAGUCUAAGCCACAGGUUGUUAUAGAGCGAGAUGGAGAGGAAAAGGAACUCUCAGAUGGAGGGCAGAUCAGGAUUAGUCAGGCUGGAUUUAUUAGGAGGAAAAGAGGAAGGCCACCAAGUGGAAUUAAUAAAAAUUUAUUGCCACGGACAGGAAUACCUCGUAAAAGGGGAAGACCACCCAGUUCAAAGACAGUAGAGAUAAUCAAAUUAUCCAGUGGGGAUUCAGAGAUACCCAAAGUGGAAUCAACUGACUCCUCUUCUCCCAGUGAGCCAUCCCCCAAACGGUCAAAACCCACAGCAAGAAAAAGUACAACGCAAGGUGUACCAAAGCCCUUCAAGCCAGCUAAACAGAUUGAAAGUGCUGAAAAUUUAGAGGAACUGUGCAACUUAAAUUGCCCUGGGAGGAACUUGGUGCCCCCCUCUCUACAGUGUCUUGUCUGUCUCUGUCUGUUCCAUCCGGAGUGUGUUAACACGGACCCAGACACAGAGGACUUCGUUUGUCUGAGGUGUGUUACGGGAUCUGCGGCUGUAAAAAAACCGAAGCCACAGACGGUCAAGCUGUUCCCAAUAGCGAUGCAGAACAUCAAUGGUAAACCCAUCUCAGCCAACAUUCCAGUGAUCAAAUCCAUAAGUGCUACCAGAUUAACCCCAGAAAUCCCUGUUUCCUCCAAUUCCAUUACCACUACUAGUACAGUCAAAGUGAAGCAAGAACCCAUGGAUACAGAAGACUACGGUCAGGCAAAGGGAAAAAAUGCUGUCAGUUCCACAACCAUGGGCACUCUGAAGAGUGUUCUUGAUAAGAGAUCUAUUGUUGUGACAACUUCUCCCAUGCCUGUAUUACUGAAUUCUUUCAGUGGAUCACAAGCAAGCCUAGCCUUUAAUGGAAGUAGUCCUCAGAUAAGUGUCUCUAGUAGUAACGCAUUAGUUGCUCCAAACCCUGCAGCAUUCACAGCAAUACCAAAUCUGCCCAUCUUUAAUCCAUUAAAUGCACCAAAUUUAUUAAAUCAACUUCAUGUAUCUCCCAACGUUGUCAACCAGCCAACAGCUUUUACAUCUGCGAAAGUAAAUUAUUCGUUACCAAGUAUAUCUCCUGUAACUCAGCCGCCUCCGAAGCUGACGGCAGCUCCCACACCCAAAUCUAGCCCCGAUAACAGUGGCAUCGAAAUAACUCAGACAUCGAAAAAUGGCCAGUUAUUAACAUUACCUAGUGCUGUGGCAAAAAGACUAAAUCUCAAGCAGCCUUUGGCACUGAAGAUAAACAAUAUGCAAAUAACUGUUCCCCCAUCCUGUCUUCUAGUGACAGCUGAUGGACUUAAAGUGUUCUUGCCCCCCAAAACAUUUCCUGUUCAACUAGGGGAAACAGCAAAGCUGUGUGUUACAGUAACAAAUGACAAAUCAUCCUCUCCAAAUACUAAGAUAAGUGUAAAUAUUGGCAGCUCUACUCAGAAAGAAAAAACUGAUUCUCCAGAUUCAAAGAAAAGCCGUCCACAAAGGCAAUGGAGGGCAGGAAUUAACCCAGCAAACUGUCAAAUCAAAAAGUUAUAUGGAGGAUUUGACUGUAUGCUGUGCAUAUUUCAGUAUCUCAACAUGCAUGAUUUGGCAAGAGUAAGUUUGGUUUGUCGAACAUGGAGAGCCUUGGCACAGAGUCCCAUGCUUUGGCAAGAGGUAAAACUCAGAAAUGUCAGAGUGGCGGACUGGAAAAAGGCUGUCAGAUUUCUCCUCCAAAGAGCUGCCCAUUCUUUGAAUUUACGAGGCCUGGAACAUUAUGAGAGUCGCAAUCACACUUGGCAUCAGUUUCUGUCUGUGUUGCCUCAGUUAACCUGUAUACAAAACAUUCACUUUGGCCUGGUUCCUGGCUCUGUUUUACAGCACGUCUGUGAGAAGAUGCCUCAUCUUGAAGUGUUCACAGCGGAAUGGAUCAGUGACUAUGAUGAUGAGCAGAAAUGGGACCAUGUUACUAAACUUAAUAUAGGAAAAUUUAGCUCUUUGCCAAAUCUGUCAGAACUAAAGCUUCGUGGAGUUGUUGGGUUAGCUUUGCCAUCAUUUACCUUAAGUGGAGGGCUUGAUGAUCUCUCAUCUUUGAAACAACUCAGAAAGCUGUCUUUGACAACCUUGACCAAUGUUGAGGAGUCUGAGUUUGCUUUUCUAGAGAAGAUGGAGCAGCUGGAAUGUCUGGAGCUGGGAGAUUGUCCGAGAUGGACAUCCAAGACAUACUCUUUGUUCUCGAAUCUGAAGAAUUUGAGAAUCCUUCGGCUUGAGAAUGGUGGAAACGUUGAGAGUGAUGAGGGAUUAGGGGAAGCACUCAGCCAGAUCAAAAGUUUAGAGAGACUAGAGCUGAUCAUGUUUGUGUUACCAGAGACUGUCAAAGGAUUGGAUCACAUCAAGACCCUAGUGAUCUGGCCAAAUACUCAGAAAACUUCACCUACACCAGGAAAGGUGAAUUCUAAUAUGUUGAAGAUGGUGUCAGGACUAAAACAUUUGGAGAAGUUAGAGUGGGGCAUUAUGAACAACUCCAGUACUUCCAUUAUACUUGAUAAUGAAACUUCAAACACUGAAUGGAUACCAUUCCUUCCAAACACAGAGGAGACCAGUCCAGGUGGCAGCUCCACAGCAGAGUACAUAUCUGUCAUCCAGUUCACAGCCAAUCUUACAAAAGCUCUCCCAAAUACGAGAAUCAAAGUCUAUAAUUCCAGUGUUAUUCAGCAAGAAUCUGAGAUGUAGUUCUUAAUGUACAUGUGUACCAUUCAGCUACAAUUUAACAUAAAAGGAUUACCAAUAAGAGGCAUGAAGAGCCUCCAUAAAAACUGAAGUCUGUCACAGAAAAUGACAGUGCUCUGCAGUAUCUUUUUCUGGGGAUGGACAUACAACAUGUAUAAUUGUGCAGUUAUUCUAUUUCUCUUAAUUGUUUAAGAGUCUGUGAGAUGUGAUGCCAUUUACUGAAGUGAGAGUUCUAUGGUGUUGUAGUGCUGUGUAAAAUAUAAGUGGUUCAGUUAUAUGUCCUUGCACUCAUGACAUUAAUUAACAAUCAGCCUUUUCUUUGAAAAUGGCCGGAUAAAAUGAAUUUUUAAAAUAUCCACAUACAUGAACAUUGCAAUUGAUUAUUUACAGUUCAGAAAUUGUGUUACCUUAAAAAAUUUUUUUAAAGUUUUAAUAAAUUGUAAUUUGAUUUAAUUUAUGUAACUAAGCUCAAACCAAAAUCAGUUAUAUUAUUACAAGUAUUUACACUAUGAUGAACAAAAAAAUGCUGUUUUGUCAUGCAGAUUUUGUUUCAUUUUCCCAUUUAAAACUAUCAAAAGAUUCUCAACAAUUUUUUUUUCAUGUAUAGGCACAUUAAUGGACA